GCCAUCACCACUUUCUAGAGAAGAGUCCAGGGGUGGUGAACCUUGGGAGACACAUAGCCAUACUUUUCCAAAAUCAGCAACUUGCAUGUCAGCAAAACCCCACUUGAAUAAGGGAAUUCACUGAACCCAACCCAUACUCUCUCUCUCCUCCCUCUCUGACAAAUAUGUUGCGUGAAUGUGAAUAAUAAUCAAAAUAUUGCUACUGUGCUGCUAAUAAUGAUACAAAUACAGUGCAAGAAGCCAAAUGCCAUCACGGAAUUCAUCCUCUUUCUUUUCACCUUCCCCAUACCUUCCUUCCUUUCCAUCCAUCCGUUUUUCUUAAAAGAGAAAGAGAUCCCUCUCCUUCUAUCUUAGCAACAAAAAAAACUUGCACCAUCAAGGAAAGAAAUAGAGAGGGAGAUGCUAAAAGUUUAUGUUUGUGCAUUCUAUCUUUCUUGUUGCCUUGUUAGGGAAUUCUCUCCUUACUCUUAUUACCACCACCACCUCCACCUCAACCUCCACCAUCAGAAACCAAAGCAUUUCUAUCAGCAUCACAGUUGGGUUAUUGGGGACGACGUUUCUUAAUUGGUACUAAAUUUCAAGGCACUUGAUCAAUUCUCCAGAAGCAGGACAGACAAAUUGUUCAUAGUUCAUACACAUAGGCAAUCAUGGUUGAAAGAAUUUAAGUUAGAUUGUUGUUGUAGAUUGGUUGAAUCUGAUACACAUUAGUUUCUAGCAGUCAAAGCACUAUCUAUCCGCAUUGAGAUCCAAGAGGCAUUAGAGUUUUUGGGGUGCUGGAUUUGUGAAUUAUCUUCAAGCAUAAGAAGCUGCUAGCUGGUGGUGAAUCCCGCAAAUUUACAAGCUUGGCUGAGGUGUGGAUCAUUGAUAGUAUCGACGUUUAUUGUUGCUGCAUUAAGGCUGUUAAGUGCAUUUAGUAAUUGGAAUCAAAGCUUAAUCACGGAGAGUGAUUCUUCUGGUUUGAAAAUAAUUGAUUGUCCAUUGAUCUACUGCAAGAAACCGAAGCUGGAGAUCUGCUCUGUGGCAUAUUGAAAUUAACUCUCUACUUGAAAGAAAAUAAUCUUAUCUGGGGUGCUGGGAAUUUUGGAAGUUAAAAUGAGUUUCGAACAUUCUGAGUCAGAAACAAGAGUGCCAAGAAGUAGAAUCAAUCUGCAAGACCGUUGUUCUAGCAGCAUUAUGGAUGUGAGAGCAAGAAAGAUCACUACUAACAAUCCCCUUGCUACCCCUCCUAAUACAAGAGUAGAGAAAAGGAAAAUGGAGUAUAAUCGAUCUCUCUCGCAAGGAAGUAGCAGAAGGUUGUUGACUGCAAGCCAUUUCAGCUUGGUAUCAUUGCUUUUGCUCGUAUGUCUUACUGCAUCUUUGUUGAUUCUUCCCUUGGUACUACCGCCGUUGCCUCCACCGCCUUUCAUGUUACUUCUGCUACCAAUAGGCAUCUUAGUGUUGCUCAUGUUCUUGGCUUUCAUGCCUUCUAAUGCAAGGGACAUAACUUAUACAUGUAUGUAAAUGGUGUUUCAAGAAAAUGUGUGCACCUUUGUCUCUUCGUACAAUUUUUGUAACUUUCCUGAAAUGUUAAAAACAGAAGAUCAGUUCUUUUA